AUGUUCAUCGCCACGACCUCUGCGCCAGUCAACAUAGCUUGCAUCAAGUACUGGGGCAAGAGAGACACCAAGCUCAUUUUGCCUACCAAUUCAUCUCUAUCUGUCACCCUUGACCAGGACCAUCUUCGCUCCACCACGACAUCUCGCGCGGAUGCGUCCUUUACAAAGGACCGUCUUUGGCUCAAUGGUGUCGAGGAAGACAUCAAACCAGGUGGUCGUAUGGCGACUUGUAUUGCUGAAAUGAAGCGAUUGCGAAAAGAACUCGUUGAAAAUGUCGACACGUCUGCUCCGACUCUAUCGACACUUUUUGUCCACAUUGCUUCCUACAACAAUUUCCCAACCGCCGCUGGCCUAGCUUCUUCUGCCUCGGGUUUUGCUGCCUUGACAGCAUCUUUGGCAGCUCUAUAUGCUCUGCCGUCUCCUCCGACGGAGCUUUCCCUCAUUGCCCGACAAGGGUCAGGCUCAGCAUGCCGAUCUCUUAUGGGAGGUUUUGUCGCGUGGAACGCAGGCACCCUUGAUUCAGGCGUCGACUCUCAUGCGGUUCAGAUCGCGGCAGAAACGCAUUGGCCAGACAUCCACGCUUUAAUCUGUGUUGUCAGCGAUACAAAGAAAGGAACUAGCUCUACGAGUGGUAUGCAACGGACAGUCGAAACGUCCCCCUUGCUCCAACACCGCAUCAAGCACGUUGUCCCCCAACGAAUGAAAACAAUAUCAGAGGCCAUCCUGGCCAAAGAUUUCGACCGCUUCGCAGAGAUUACAAUGGCCGACUCCAACCAGUUCCAUGCUGUUUGUUUGGACACAUCACCGCCGAUCUUCUAUAUGAACGAUGUCAGCCGCGCUAUCAUUGCGGUCAUCGAAGAGUACAACCGCGUUGCCUUACUGCCGGAGAAUGGUGGAAAGCGCAAGGCAGCGUACACCUAUGACGCGGGUCCAAAUGCUGUUAUCUACGCGCCGGCUGCCCACAUCAAGGAGAUAAUAAGUCUGAUUGCUCACUUCUUCCCUCAGCAAGAGACUUUCAAAGACCCUUUUGGCCUUUUUGGUCCGAACGGGAUUGGUACCGGCUCUUUCGCCGCUGGCUUCAAUGUAAACGUUGCAAAGACGUGGGAAACUGGCGCUGUCAAAAGUUUGAUUCACACCAAGGUCGGCGAUGGCCCUCGAGUUCUUGGUCAGGCAGACUCUGUACUCGGACAAGACGGCCUCCCGAAAUCGUUACAAUUGUAG